AUGGCCGCCCGGCGCUUCCCGGCCUGCCCCGCGCCCCGACGGGAGGGGCCCCGCCGGCGCCGCCCCUGGCUUGCCCGCGCGCGCAGGACCGCCCCGCCUGCCCGCCCGCCCGCCCGCCAGCUGGGAAGCCGUUGGGGGGGGACGGCGCUCCUGUGCGGGGCGGGCCGCGAAACGGAGAUCCGCGCUGUCUCCGCUGCGGGAGUCGUCGUCUGCCCGUCCGCCCGCCCGCUCGCUCUGCCUUCCGUGAAGCCGGCGGGGAGGAGCGCGAAAGUCGCCCCCUUCGCCAUGGCUGCCCCGCUGCCGGCUAAGUUCCAGUUCGCCAUCGACCGCGGCGGCACCUUCACCGACGUCUUCGCCCGCUGCCCCGACGGGAAGAUCCGCGUGAUGAAGCUCCUCUCCGAGGACCCGGCCAACUACCGCGACGCGCCCACCGAGGGCAUCCGCCGCAUCCUGCAAGAGGAGUGUGGGGUCCCCUUCCCCAAAGACCAGCCCCUCAAGACCACCUGCAUCGAGUGGAUCCGAAUGGGCACCACGGUGGCCACCAAUGCCCUUCUGGAGCGGAAGGGCGAGCGCUUCGCCCUGCUGAUCACCAAGGGCUUCCGGGACCUGCUCUACAUCGGCAACCAGGCGCGGCCCAGCAUUUUUGACCUGACAGACCCAGCCCUGAAGCCCGCUCUCCCCACGGGCCUCCUGCCCUCUCUCCCCCAGGAGGUCCGAAUGCCAGAGGUCCUGUACGAGGCGGUGGUGGAGGUGGACGAGCGCCUGGUGGUCCAUCGGGACGGCUGCCCGCUCUUUGAUUCCGGGCAGUGCGUAACAGGCGUGACAGGGGAAUCGUUGGUGGUGAAACAGCCUGUGAACCUCCUUGCCCUGCGAGCGGAGCUGGAGGCGCUGCUGGCACGGGGCAUCCGCGGUCUGGCCGUGGUCCUGCUGCACUCCUACCUGUGGCCCGGUCACGAGCAGCAGGUGGGCGCCCUGGCCCGGGAGCUGGGCUUCCAGCAGAUCUCGCUGUCCUCCGAGGUGAUGCCCAUGGUGCGCGUGGUGCCCCGUGGCUACACAGCCUGCAUAGAUGCCUACCUGACCCCCUGCAUCCUCCGCUACCUGCAGAGCUUCCGGGAUGGCUUUGCUUCACAGCUCCAGGGUGUGCCGGUUGCAUUCAUGCGUUCAGACGGUGGCUUGACUCCGAUGGAGACUUUCAGCGGCUCUCGGGCCAUCCUCUCGGGCCCUGCUGGCGGAGUUGUGGGCUAUGCGGUUACCAGCUACCACCGUGCGGAAGGGCGUCCAGUCAUCGGCUUCGACAUGGGCGGGACCUCCACUGAUGUGAGCCGCUACGCCGGAGAGUACGAGCAUGUCUUUGAGGCCACUACUGCCGGCAUCAGCAUCCAGGUGCCGCAGUUGGACAUCAACACGGUGGCUGCCGGAGGGGGCUCCCGCCUCUUCUUCAGGUCUGGGCUCUUCGUGGUGGGCCCCGAGUCGGCAGGGGCAUUCCCCGGCCCCGCCUGCUACAGGAAGGGGGGGCCAUUGACUGUGACGGAUGCCAACCUGUGCCUGGGCCGCCUCCUGCCCAGCCACUUCCCUCACAUUUUUGGGCCUGACGAGAAGCAGCCGCUCUCACACAAGGCCUCUCUGCAGGCCUUCCAGGCCCUGACGGAUGAGGUUAAGGCCUCUGGGGAAGCCCGGCCUGACCUCAGCGUUGAGGAGGUGGCCAUGGGCUUCAUCCUGGUGGCCAAUGAAGCCAUGUGCAGGCCCAUUCGGGCGCUGACGCAGGCCCGGGGCCAUGACACCUCUCGCCACAUCCUGGCUUGCUUUGGAGGGGCCGGCGGCCAGCAUGCCUCCGCCAUCGCCCGGGCACUGGGCAUGAGCACUGUCUUCAUCCACAAGCACAGUGGGGUCCUGUCGGCCUAUGGUAUGGCCCUGGCAGACAUCGUCCAUGAAGCCCAGGAGCCGUGCUCACUGGUGUACGAGCCAGCCUCCUUCGCCCAGCUGGACCUGCGGAUGGCUGCCCUGGAGAAGACGUGUGUGCAUGCCUUGGAGGCCCAGGGUUUUGCCAGGUCCCAGAUCACCACCGAGGCCUUCUUGCACCUGCGCUACCAACGGACAGACUGCGCCCUCAUGUGCUCGGCCAAGGGCUACCCGGCCCAAGCCGGCACCUGCAGCCACGGAGACUUUGGCGCGGCCUUUGCCAAUAGGUAUCAGCAGGAAUUCGGCUUCACCAUCCCCAAGCGCGCCAUUCUGGUGGACGACGUGCGGGUGAGGGGCACGGCCUGCUCUGGGAUGGGCCAGGAAGAGCCUCAGCCGGUCUGUGAAGAGCCCCCCAACCUGGAAAUGAUGACCCGCUGUUACUUUGAGGGGGGCUACCAGGACACCCCUGUCUACCUGCUGGAGAACCUCUUCCAUGGCCACUCCAUCCCUGGCCCCAGCAUCCUGAUGGAUAAGAACAGCACCAUCCUGGUGGAGCCUGGCUGCACGGCCUCUGUGACAGCCCUGGGGGACAUCUGCAUCGCAGUGGGCUCCGGGGCCUUCUGUCCAAUUGGGCCUGAGCUUGACCCCGUCCAGCUGUCUAUCUUCUCCCACCGCUUCAUGAGCAUUGCAGAGCAGAUGGGGCGAGUCCUGCAACGCACAGCCAUCUCCACCAACAUCAAGGAGCGGCUGGACUUCUCCUGCGCCCUCUUCGGGCCCGACGGGGGGCUGGUCUCCAAUGCCCCCCACAUCCCCGUCCACCUAGGCGCCAUGCAGGAGACGGUGCAAUUCCAGAUCCAGCACCUGGGCCCCGACCUUCGCAAGGGGGACGUAAUCCUGAGCAACCACCCCUGUGCUGGGGGCAGCCACCUGCCCGACCUAACGGUCAUCACCCCAGUCUUCUGGGAGAAGGAGCCCAAGGCAAUCUUCUUCGUGGCCAGCCGGGGUCACCAUGCCGACAUUGGGGGGAUCACCCCGGGCUCCAUGCCCCCGCACUCCCACUCCCUCCAGGAGGAGGGGGCCAUCUUUAUCUCUUUCAAGCUGGUGAAGGAGGGUAUCUUCCAAGAGGAAGCCAUCACCACAGCCCUGCUGGCCCCUGGACAAUGGCCCGGCAGCAGCGGCACCCGCAACCUCCACGACAACCUGUCGGACCUGCGCGCCCAGGUGGCCGCCAAUCAGAGGGGGAUCCAAUUGGUGAACGAGCUGAUUGGGCAAUACGGGUUGGGCGUGGUGCAGGCAUACAUGGGCCACAUUCAGGCUAACGCGGAGGUCGCCGUUCAAACGAUGCUGAGGAAGUUUGCCACACGUCAUGGACAUGUGGACCGACCCCUGCAGGUGGAGGCCAAGGACUUCAUGGACGAUGGCACCCCAAUUUGUCUCCGGGUGACCGUGGACCCACAGGAGAGCACUGCAGUGUUUGACUUCACGGGGACUGGCCAGGAGGUGUAUGGGAACUGGAACGCCCCCCGUGCCAUCACCCUCUCCGCCCUGAUCUACUGCUUGCGCUGCAUGGUGGGCGAGGACAUCCCCCUCAACCAGGGUUGUCUGUCCCCCGUGCGCAUCGUGGUCCCCGAGAGCUCCAUCCUUCACCCCUCCCUGGAUGCUGGCGUGGUGGGGGGCAACGUGCUGACCUCCCAGAGAGUGGUAGAUGUCAUUUUCCGGGCGUUUGAAGUCUGUGCCGCCUCGCAGGGCUGUAUGAACAACGUCACCUUUGGGAACGAGCACAUCGGCUACUAUGAGACAGUGGCCGGAGGGGCCGGGGCGGGGCCUCACUGGCAUGGCCGCAGCGGGGUGCACAGCCACAUGACCAACACCCGCAUCACUGAUCCGGAGAUCCUGGAAAAACGACCUCUGCCGUUCCCCCCUGUUGAUCACCCAACUCGGAGUUCUUACCCCAAGGCAAGCGGCUGGUAUCCAGUGGUCCUGCGAACAUUCCAGCUGGCACCAAACACAGGGGGGGCUGGGCUGUUCCGGGGAGGGUCCGGCGUCCGGCGAGAGCUGCAGUUCCGGGAGGAGAUGGUCCUGUCCGUGCUGAGCGAACGUCGGGCUUUCCAGCCUUAUGGGCUGCAAGGUGGUGAUCCCGGAUCUCCAGGCCUGAAUUUGCUGAUCCAACACAACGGACGGACCAUGAACCUGGGUGGAAAGAUGUCUGUGGAAGUGCACCCUGGGGACGUCUUCUGCCUGCAGAGCCCAGGUGGAGGGGGCUUCGGACGGCACCCCCAACGCUUGGCCAAAGGGUCUGAGGAGACCAGGCACCGGGCCCAGCUGUUGAGGGAACGGGGCAGUUUCUACUACUACAGCCGGUCACAGGAGAUGAUUGAUGGUCCCUGAACCAGGGAAGGGCGGGCACUGGCUGAGUGAGGGUGGGGUAUCUUGCCCGAAAGGACAGAAUGGAAAGAUUGGAGAAGGUGGCAGGGCAGUUUCAUUUCUCACCGCAAGGGGGCAGCAGAGACCAGCUUUCUUCCUUUCUGUCUGUAUUGGGAUGGGGGUGAAGUAGAGAUUUGCUCCCAGUCUGACCCCUAAAUGCUGUUUCUGCUAGUGGGGCUGCCCCCUGCCCACCUCUUUUCUGCUUGCACUCCUGGAGCCCAGAGGAGGGGGGCUGCUUUGCUCACUUUUCUCGGCUGCUGCAGAUGCCACUUGCUCAGAGCGCCCCUUCCUGCCUCCAGGCCGGUGGGUGGUGGGAUGGAUGAAUGCCACCCAGGCCUCUCCCGGGGCAGAGGGGGCUGGGCAGAUGCAUAGCACAGCUUCACACGAAUAAAGUUAGAAUCUGCUUGGA